AUGUUCUUCCAUUUAUCGCUGGAACAUGAAAUCUCACUUCAUCCGAAGUAUUUUGGCCCCAAUCUCAUGGAGUCCGUGAAGCAGAAGCUCUUCAAAGAGGUGGAAGGCACCUGCAAAGGGAAGUAUGGAAGUAUUAUUGCCGUCACAACGAUAGAUAACAUUGGUCAUGGAACAAUUCAGCCGGGUAUGUGGUUUUGAGAUUGUUUCUUUCUGGUUUUAGGAUCGAAUUCGACGGAUUUAUAUUGUACUGGGUGGCUGAUGUGGAGUUCGCCGAAUUUUGUUUCAGAUGUUGAAAAAUUACAUCAAGUUUAUUUUGAUAGAGAGAUACUAUGUUCCUCAAUGUUUUGAUAGUGGCUUUACUACGUUCUGUCUACUUUUUGAGGAGAAUUGAGGUAUAUUAUUUUAGGCAUAAGGCUUGAUGAAGAGAAAUCGAGAACUUUGCCAAACCAUUUUUGAAAUAGCGUGAAUUUGUGUUUUGCAGCACUAAAGUGCUAUCGCCUAACUGCUAAAGCUUUUUUUGAAAUUUUUAAGUCCAUUUUUGGACACAUCUGAGCGAUGUUGUUUUAGACGUCAAGUAUGUACAAAAAAUGGGCUGAACUCUGAGGAAAUUGCCAGAAAUUGUUGAUUAUUUGAAUUGGGUAGUAUUAGUUAUGUAUUUCUUAGCCUGUAUAGGUCGACUUUUCGUUGCUGUGUCGACAUUUCCAAGUAUUUUUUGGUGAUAUUGCUUUAGGUAUCAAAGUUGAUCAAAAAAAUAGACGAAAUUGAGUGUAAACUGAGCAGAUAUGAGUAGAAAAUAUAUUUUCAUAGUAGUAUUGAGGUGUAACUAAGCUAAUGCGGUGGUUUUAUUCAUCAAAUUACAUUUAUUUUCACCAAUUUUUUACUAUCUUAUCCAUGUUGCAGGUAGUGGAUUCGCGAUCUACCCAGUCCGCUACAAGGCCAUCGUUUUCCGGCCCUUCCAAGGGCAAGUCAUUGACGGCGUGGUGCGACAAGUCAACAAAAUGGGCAUCUUCUGCGAUAUCGGGCCGUUGAGUUGCUUCGUCUCCCAAUACACCAUCCCACCCGACAUGAAGUACGACGAUGGCGCCCCAACCCCAUGCUAUCGGACCGCAGAUGACUCAAUGCAAAUCAAAGUCGAUGACGAGAUCCGUGUCAAAAUUUUGAACAUCCGCGAGGACGCCAAUGAUUUGAGUGUUUUGGCCACCUUAAUGGACGAUUAUCUUGGUCUUUGUUCGGCGGAUUGA